AUGUCCUCGUACUCGACCUCCCUCAAUCUCUUGUUCUUCUACUUGACCUGGUCAACCCUGGUCCUUUCACACCCUCCGCUUCGGGUUGAGAUUGUCGCGACCCUCGCUGUACGGAUCCUAUUCUAUCUCGUUCCAUCACUGCUCUUCUUAGGCUUCGAUGUGCUCGUUCCUUCUGUGGCCGAAAAUUUCAAAGCACUGGGCGACUCUGCAUUGCCAUUCAAGAACGCUGGUCGGAGAAAGACACUGCUUCUGUCGCGCAUAGUGGGCUGGUCAAUAUUCAACCUCUUCCUGGGCGUUGUGGCCCAAGCUCUGAUGGAACUCCUCUUCACACGCGUCCUCUUAUGGCCUUCUGCAUUGCGUGUGACAACGGCGCUGCCCCUGCCAUGGGAUAUACUCAAGGAUCUCGUGCAGGGAUAUCUCUGCCGCGAGAUGAUCGGGUACAUGUUGCACCUAAGCUUCCUGCACGACUGGCGGCAUAGUGUUCCCUUGAGCCGGGCGCACGGAGAGUGGUAUCACGCCCUCGCUGAUAUAUCCGCGCCUUUUCCACUCAGUGCCACUUACGACCACCCAAUUGCCUACCUCAUCCGCUCAUUCUUCCCAGCUUAUAUUCCGGCGAUGCUCUGCCGGUUUCACCUUCUGACCUAUAUCUUCUACCUUGCACUCAUUUCGCUGGAAGAGACAUUCGCAUACAGUGGAUACUCCACGAUGCCCACCAAUAUCAUUCUGGGAGGAAUUGCACGGCGGACCGACGAUCACUUAAUAUGUAACGGCGAGGGGAACUUCGGUCCCUGGGGACUGUGUGAUUGGUUCAUGAAAACAUCCAUCGGCGACGACAUCAUUGACGACAUGGUCGCAGAAGCAGACAUGCACGACGUGCCGGAAAGGUUGGACAGGUUGAAGCAGAGGGCGAAGAAGAAGGUCAACGGGAAGAUGAAAGAAGCGAAGGGAGUUACGCAGAGAAGGACAAGGAACCGCAGAAGCGAGGAGUGA